UGAGUCAACGUGGGUGAGGGGGGUGGGGAGUUUGAAUCUCCCGCCGGGGCGUGACGUCAUCACGAGAACUCUCUCUCUCCGUGACGUCACCGCGCGGUCACGUGAGGCCGAGCUCACCGAUGGCGAUGGAGGAGGCGGCGCGGCUGGAGGAGCCGGGACUUGCGGUGGAGACCUCGGAAUCGGACUCGAGCGAUGCGAGCAGCACGGACAGCGGCAGGGAUGUGGCGGACGGGGCGACCACGACCUCGUCCCCGGCGACCCUGGGCACCGCAGCAGACAAACAGCGCGAUCGGGAGCGUGAGGGGGCGCGUCGGGGAGAGGGCAGCCCCGUGAGCCAGCAGCCCAAGAAGGGGGCGCGCACGCGGCUCGGUGCGCCCAGCAAGGGCUACGCCUCGCUGGAGCAGAGGCCCGACGAGAAACCCCUGGUGGCCAUCGACUCCGACAGCGAGGAUGAGAUGACGCUUUCGCGCUACUCCUCGUCGGGAUAUUCUUCUGCAGAGCAAAUCAACCAGGACCUGAACCGGCAGCUGCUGAAGGACGGGUACCGUCUGGACGAGGUCCCAGACGACGAGGACUUGGACCUCAUCCCCCCCAAACCCAUGAGCCCCGCGUGCGUCUGCUGCCAGCUCGCGUCUCCCUCCACCACGUGCAAUGUGCAGUAGGGCUUGGGACGCAAACACCAUCAAUACCACCACCACCACAACGACCGUCCUAAUACUAACAGCACCACCACCACGACACUGGUGUUGCCAGCUCGUGUCCCACACCGCCACUUGUAACUUGCAGUAGGGGCGGCACCUAAACUACUACUACCACCGCUACCAAUACCCAGACACAACCGCCGCGAUCAAUACCAUUACCAAUACCAGCACAAACGCCGUGAUCAAUACAAACACCAAUAAGACCAAAUACCACAAGCACUGAUAUCACAACAACCACCAUCUCAGCCACCACCAGUCCCUCGCAUCAACACAACCACUGCACUCAACACCAGCACCACAACUGCCAACAGCUAUGUCACACGCGCAAUAAAUACCAGAACUCCUACCAACCACCACCACCACCACAGUGUUGCUGCUAGCAUUGGGGUGCAUAAUGCUGGUAUUGGGUGUUCCGCUUGAUGGGUGGUGAUGGUGAUUAUAUAGAUGGUGAUGAUAGUGAUGGUGAUGAAGCGCUUGAUGAUGGUGGUAGGUGGCGAUGGUAAUGAUGAUGAUGAUGAUUGCGCUCACAUAGCGGUGAAGCUGGAGAUGAUUAUACACCUGUUCAUGAUGGUAAUUAGUGAUGAAACUUGAAGAUGAGGAUGGCGAUGAAGUUGGUGGUUUUGACGGUGGGGCGAGGGAGCUGCCGUCACUGGUGAUAUGGUGAUGUAGAUGGUGAUGUGCUAGUGCCUCUGUCUUGUGCUCCCUCACUCGCUAGACAUUUUAAACUGACGAUUAUGGUGAGGCUGCUGAUGAUACUGAUGAUGAGGAUGGUGGUGGUGCUGAUGGUGAUGGUGCUGCUGUUGUUAUGAAGACUGUUGGGAUGAAAUUGCUCAUGAUGUUGAUAUUGAGAAUGUUGGUGAUGGUAAUGUUGAUAAGCCUGCUGGUGGUUGUGAUGAUGGUGGAAAUAAUGGUGGUGAUAGUGAUGAUGAUGAAUUCUGAAGCUGCUGCUGCAGAUAACGAUGGCAAGGAAUACGAUUAUAUUCACGAUGGUGGUGUUGGUUACAUUUUAGCUGAUCGCGAUGGUAUUGAUAAUGGCGAUGUUGAGAGUGACGAUCAUAAUGUUGAUGGCAGUGGUAAUUAUGAUGAUGAUGAUAAUAGUGAUGUUGAGGAUGAGGCUUGGUGCCCGGUUGACAUCAUUCCGUGCCUGCUCCGCGCCAGGCUUUGGAUUCUAAAAUUUUAAAACUCUCUCCGUCUGGUGAUGGAGGCAUUGCUCGCUUCCCCCACGACCCCUCCCCCCCCACAGACCCUCACCUUUCGGGACCCCCCCCCCCCCAAAGUUCACCCUAAACUCCGGGCAUCUCAUAUGACGCCCUAUGAAGCAAAUGCCAAUGAUUCACCCAGUGAAAAUGUUGAUUUCAUACAAAUAUGAGCACAGGGUUUACCGCCGCUGACUCCAGCCAGCGGAGCUGCCAUCUAGCCCCAUCCAUUGCAGGCCCACGCCUAUAGCGCCUCUGGUAUUGCCAGGCCGUCUACCAUUCAAGCGCCAAGCGGACUGAACCCCCGCUCAGCCUGACGAGCUCCUCAGGUCACAGGCGAUCGAUAGGAUUCCACGGGGGCAUGCGGAGCGGUAGCGCAGCAGUUGGUGCACUGCACCGUGUGAGCCAGGCGGGGCUGAGUUCGCGUUCACCACGGCUCACAUCAGUGGCGAGGGAUCUCAGAAAUCGGUGCUUUGCCAACUCGCACUGCCCAGAGUGGUGAAGUACGUCGCUUCACAAAAUCCACAUGGCCGACUAUGGUAUGGGGCCGCCUUUAAUCCAUUGGUGGAUUUAAAGUGGCUGGGAUGGUUACAAUGACCAGGCGGUGAAGUGGGACCAGGGCCCUCUGGGUGGUGGUGGGGGUUCUGGCAGA